AGUUCUGACAUAAGAUGUAAAGAGGAUCGCAAACACUCCCGUUAUGAAUAUUAUUUUGAUGGAGUAAAAGUUUGCCAUGAAACCUUUCUGGUGGUCUUUAAUAUAAAAGACAUGCAACUGAGAAAUAUCAAACGACAUAUGGAAGAACACGGUGCUCAACCACGUGUUCACGGUCAUACAGGAAGACGAGCUCCAAAUGCAUUUCCUCCAGACGUUAUUAAAGAUGCAUAUAUUUACCGUCGUCUGAUACAAAACAUUCAGUGCACAGUGAUUACGGGAAGUUGGGAAGCGGUAUGUUGGUUUAUCAACAUUUAAAGAUAUACGGAAAAAUUGUGUGCCUCAUAUAAAAAUAGCGUCGCCGAAAGAGGAUUUGUGUAAAGCCUGUGAGGACUGUAAACAGGAUAUUAAGCUUGCCCAGAGUGAAAACGACAAGAUAGAUGCAACAUUGAAAUACCAUCAACAUGUGCUGCAAGUUAGAAAGGAACGUGACCUUUACGUGGAACUUGUAGAAAAAUCAAAAGCAAUGUUUGUAAACCGGGAACAACACAACCAGGCUGCGGGUGAUAACUUUUCUACAAAUGACGUACAUUAUACAUUUGACUUCAGUCAGUAUGUUAAGUUACCACACCAUGCACAAGAAAAGGGACCCACAUUUUUCAUUCAGCCGAGAAAAGUGCAGAUAUUUGGUUUCCGAGCCGAUGGCUACAAACAGUACAAUUAUCUCAUAGAUGAGGACCAAACAAUUGGACAAGAUGGCACACUUGUACAUGGACCAGACUCGGUCAUCUCAAUGAUAGACCAUGCCUCCAACACGUUUGGUACCGGAGAGAGUGAUUGUGGGAUCCACGCAGAUAAUUGUUUUGGUAGUUAUUUCACAUCUCAAGUAUUCUUAUUAGUUGUAACUGCCUCAGUUUGA